UCAAAAUAAUGGACAAAUGCAUGUCACUAGAGUUAGAUAUUGGAUCUUGGCAAUAUUGUUGUUUUUAUAUAUAGCAGGCGUCUUAUUUCUAUCAGCGGUCACUCUACAUGAACCCAAAAAUUUAACACACGGAAAACAAACGGACCGUAAUCAGCCCUUUUCCCGUCUAAAAAACUAUGAAUAUGGAAUACCAGGACUUAGACCACCUCUUCGUGGUCGUUCCAAAAUCCAAUGGUGUUCCACAGAGCUGAAAUACAUCCAUCCAGCUAUACCACCCGUCGCCUUGGUAUCAUUUCCGGGAAGCGGAAAUACAUGGUUACGUUACUUACUUCAACAAGUUUCCGGUUUUUACACCGGUUCGGUUUACAAAGAUUACGGUUUGUUGAAAAAUGGUUUUCCCGCCGAAAAUAUCGCCAACGGUUCGGUUCUUGUCGUAAAAACACACGAAUGGGGUUACAAUGCUCGGAAAAUCUUUUCGAAAGCGAUUAUAUUGGUUCGUUCACCGGCAGCUGCGAUCCAAGCCGAAUUUAACCGACAAAGCGGUGGUCACAUUGGAUUUGCAUCACCCGAUAGAUACAAACGGACUAAAGGAAAAUAUUGGCAACAAUUCGUCAAUGAUAAGCUCGAAGCUUGGAAACAAACCAAUCUCGACUGGUUAUAUAAUUUUACAGGACCAACGCACGUAAUUUUUUACGAGCAACUUGUCGAUAAUCUUGAACACACCCUCAAGACGAUUAUAAAUUUUCUCGACAUAUCAACGGAUGAAAAUUUAUUCAAAUGUGCACUUGAACGAAAGGAAGGAAUUUAUAGGAGGAAACGUCGAGUGCUCAAUUUCGAUCCAUAUACGGACGAAAUGAAACGAAAACUGGAUAAAAUACAAAAAAAAGUCUACGAGGCGAUUUAUAAUUUUGCGACGCCGAGUUAACAACAACGUUGUUGCGACAAUAAGGCCUUUUUAAAACGAAACGAGUGGCCAAAUUUUUCUAGUAUCUCUCUUAUUCAUGUAAACAGUGGCAAUCAACACACGAUUAUAGGCCUAAAAUAAAAUUAUACAAACACAA